UGGGAGGGACUGAACGAGAGAGAGAGCGAGAGAGGCGGAAUAAAAGCAGGAGUCAGACUUGAGCGCUCUGAACUUGAGGAGACGCGCAGCACGGACUGAACACCGCUCAUCACCGUGAGCGCUCGGUCUGUAUUUGUAUCGAACGCUGCUGCGGAUGAUGGACUGCUCCCUUUGUGACACACCUUUUUCGCCUUCACGGAUACUAAAGAUUAGAUGAGCCGCUGGUGACGUGAGGAAGAUGAAGAAGAGGAGGCAGAAGUGCGUCUUCGUCUGACUCCCGGACUCGUAACUGCUGCUGCGCCUGUGCCGGAGAUGGAGCCGCGCGCGGCGCGUGAGGGUUCGGUCUCCGGGCUUCCGCUCGAGCUCGAUGACGCGGGCGUCUGACCGGGAGCGGAGGGAUGGAGAGCGGUCCGCUGCAACCGACGCCCGGCACGUACGCGGAGCCGUUGAACGUCUCCACCAACUCCACCGACGCCAGCUUCGCGCCCAGCGCGGACGGGAAGGAGUCCAACGUGGCUCUGCAGGCGGGUCUGGCCGUCACCUUAGCGCUCAUCACCUUCGCCACGACGCUGUCAAACGCCUUCGUCAUCGCCACCAUCUACCAGUCCCGCAAACUGCACACGCCGGCCAACUUUCUGAUCGCGUCGCUGGCGGUGACGGACCUGCUGGUGUCCAUCCUGGUGAUGCCCGUCAGCGCGCUGUACACGGUGAGCCAGACGUGGACGCUGGGGCAGGUGGUGUGUGACGUGUGGCUGUCCUCGGACAUCACGUGCUGCACCGCCUCCAUUCUGCACCUGUGCGUCAUUGCGCUGGACCGCUACUGGGCCAUCACGGACGCCGUGGAGUACUCCAAGAAGCGCACGCCGGCGCGCGCGGCCGGCAUGAUCGCCACCGCGUGGGUGAUCGCCAUCUCCAUCUCGCUGCCGCCCUUCUUCUGGCGCCAGGUGAAGGCGGAGGAGGUGACGAGCUGCAACGUCAACACCGACCACAUUUUCUACACCAUCUACUCCACCUUCGGCGCGUUCUACAUCCCCACGCUGCUGCUGAUCGCGCUCUACGGCAGGAUCUACGUGGAGGCGCGGAAGCGCAUCCUGAAGCAGCACAACAAGCCGGGGAAGAGGCUCACGUCCGCGCACCUCAUCACCGACUCGCCGGGCUCCGUGGCGUCCACCACGUCCCUCAACUACGGCACCAACGACGCGUCCUCCUGCGACACUACCUCGUCCGCGAACGUGAGCCAAGUCAAAGUGACGGUGUCGGACGCGCUGCUGGAGAAGAAGCGCAUCUCGGCCGCCAGGGAGAAGAAGGCCACUAAGACUCUGGGGAUUAUCCUGGGCGCCUACAUCGUGUGCUGGCUGCCCUUUUUCAUCUACACGCUCCUAGUGCCUGUGUGCGCGUCGUGCUUCCACCCGGAGCUCUUCGACAUCUUCACCUGGCUGGGUUACCUCAACUCGCUCAUCAACCCCAUCAUUUACACCAUGUCCAACGAGGACUUCAAGCAGGCCUUCCACAAACUCGUCCGCUUCCGCUGCUGCAGGCCAUGAAGCAGCUCCGUUCUGACUGCUGGAGUUUAAUGAUGCUGCCGGUGUCGGUGGGACUGUGGUCCACGCUGUCGGACCUGGAAGCACAAGCGCUUAGGACUAAUUCAUCAUGGGCCCAUGUGUGUUUCAUUUUCCUGACUCAAUACGCGUAGUUCAGCUCCUCAGACGGGCCUGGACCAGCGCCAGGGAGCGCGUCCUCCUGUGUGUGUGUUCUGGUGGCUGUGCUGUGGUCCGGUGGCGUCUGCGGCAGAGCCCAGUGGAGCCGGUGACUCGUGCCCCGUCUGCCGCCGUCCCGCUCAGACGUUAAGUGUUAAUAUGACAUUAGAUGUUUCAUUUCAUGGCAGACAAAGGAAUACGGAUCUGCAGAUGAUGCAGAUGUGGAGCAGGGCCCACGCUGCUGCUCUACUUCCCUUUGGUGCAUUUGUGUCUUUCACACCUGUUCAAGUUGUGGUAGAUGAUAAAUAUUUUUUAAAUGCUGCAAAUGUCACAGUAUUCUGAUUAUGAUCAUAUUCUUGCUUCCACCAAACUGUCACAUGUUAAAUGUCGUGCUUGAGCUGCUGCUGAUCCUGAAACAUUUCUGGGCUUUUCAAAGCAUGAAAUAAAGAAGUCAGAAUCAGUUUUCCUGCAGCUCGUCAGGGGUAAAGUGACCUGUUGCUGCAGCUCCGGCGACAGAGGCUCUGAUCUGUGGUCAGACGCGUUAAAGCGGACCUGAAGGAGCUGGAGCUGCUGCUCCAAAGCCGUGGUUCUGGUGCUUCCUGUCGCUGAGCGCUCGUGUGGCGUCGCUACCGCUCUCUGUCGGCUUAAACGCAGCGCUGCCCGGGCUUCACGCCCUGUUUGACUGGUGCCGAACGGCCUCAAAGCUCCUCACCGGCCGCUUCACGUCUGCGUUGCUUCCUCCUCACACUCACACAGCCACAGCUAAUGGAUGGAAACGGGCCUCUGACACAGAGCUGUGUGUCUGACAGUCUGCAGGUCAGAGGUCGGGCACGUUCCAUAUCUGGGGUCUGGAGCACUGUCCAAGGACAAACCUGAACCUUCUCAUUGAACUCAAUAAGCCCUCGCUUUGCAUUUAGUGCGGUUUCCAUGACAACAGGGUUCCACCCAUGACAGCAGAGCAGGCUGAGGAGCGGUUCAGGUCCGGUUGUGAGUGGUAGCGACGUCCUCCAGCGCCGGUGAGAGGAACCCACACGGGCCUUCGGUUCCUUCAGGUUCUGCUAAACUACAAGCGUCCGGAACGGGACGCGGCCUCUCGGCCUCGCCGCCUGCACGGCUGCUGCUCGGCGGCCGCUCGCUGAUGAAUCGCCUCUCUGUGCACAGUAUUGAUCUGCUGGUGUGAACCUCAUCUGGUGGCGCUGUCAGUCCGGUGGAACCUCCUUCCAUCGCGGCUCCUUUCUGCUGUACAAGGCUUCUGCAAACGCGGCUCUGCUCCGGAGGAUCCAUCACUGCUGCUUGUGUGAAAAGUCAAAAAUAUCAAUAAAAGGUCUGUGGCAUCACGA